AUGAGCAAGACGCCGUCCGCCAGAAGAGGCAGGUUCGACCAGAUCCUGCGUUCUGUCAAGAGCCAGGUGUUUGACGAGUCCCAAGAACCAGAGAACCUGACGACGGAAUCCGCACAGUCCGUUGCUCGCCGGAGACUCAGCUCGUGGGCGUUCACGAGAACACAGUCCACGGUCCAGCGAGACGAGCCCGUUCAGUCGGCAACAGAGGUGGAAAAUCCCCCCACCACGCUUGUUACAGAGGAGGAGUCCACGAAAGUGGUCAUCGAGUCCGACAAGGACACAGACCCUGUGGAGGCCAAGGAGCGAACCCAGUCGUGGUCGCUGUGGUCGAGGCCGUCCAGACAGAUCGACCAGCAAACAGAUGCCAUAUUGUCCGAGCCGGUGGCACAGAACGUUUCUGAGCUGCCUAAACCAAAGAAACAGAAGACCGAGCCGUCCACCGACCGCAAGAGCCAGGUGGUGCCGUCGUUCGAGUCUCUGCCGCGGGUUUCGCCUCGGACGUACGCCUCUUCCGCGCUCAAUACGCUCAAGUCGGUGACUGGCUACGGUGCAAGUCCCGUGGACCAUUUGGUUGCUACCCGUUCUCCGGCCAAGUUCAAACGGGUGUUGAUCAUCGGCGUGCACGGGUUCUUCCCCACCAAGAUGAUCCGGCCUCUUAUUGGCGAGCCUACAGGAACCAGCGCGCGGUUUGCCCAGGCUGCCGAGAACGCUAUUCUCUCGUGGGCCCAGGAAAAGAACAUCAACAUCUCGACCCAGAAAAUCGCUCUGGAGAAAGAGGGCAAGAUCUUCGACCGCGUGGACUUCUUCUUCGAGGUCAUGCAGAAGUGGCACGACGAGCUCGCCAAUGCAGAUUUCAUUUACGUCUGUGCACACUCGCAGGGCACCCCGGUGGCCAUGAUGCUGCUCUCGCGGCUGCUGGAGCACGGCCUGAUCGCCGACAACAAGAAGAUAUCCGUGCUGGGAAUGGCGGGCAUUAACAGCGGGCCGUUCUACGGGAUGGACCAGUCGCUGUUUGUGCGGGCAUACUCGUCCAUCGAGAACCAGUCGCUGCUGGAAUUGUUCCAGUUCCAGAACUUCGAGAGUCUGCAGAGCCGCAAGUAUCUCGAAAGCGUGCGCAACCUGGUGGCACACGGGGUCAAGAUCACGUUUGUGGGGUCCGUGAACGACCAGCUCGUGCCGCUGUACUCGGCAGUCGCGUGCCACCUCUCGCACCCCAACAUUUACAAGGCUGUGUACAUCGACGGCAACUCCAACACCCCCGAUUUUGUGACGCGGAUUCUGAAGCUGUCGUGUCUGCUACAGAACCUGGGCCACCGCGACCACGGGGUUGUGGCGGAGAUGAGCUACGCAUUGGCGGGUCCAUUGACGGGCGGGGGACAUUCCCGUAUCUACGACAGUCCCGAUGUUUACAAGCUGGCGUUGGACUUUGCGUUGUGCACGAGCGACACGGGCUACUGCGCAAGUCAGCCCGUGCAAUUCCACCAGGUGGACGUUUCCAAAGUUGGGAGCAACCCGUUCACGUUGCCGUGGUGCACGCGAGGACUGUUUUUCGACGUCAAGAAACGGCUACCGCACGGCACCGACGAGAUCGAUAUGGUGUUCAAGGAGUUCGACGACUGGGAUCCCGAAUCAAAGGUGCUCAAGGACGUGAAAUAUCGUCUUAACGGAAUAAAAGAUAAACUGUGA